AUGGAUUCUGCCAACAUAGGUUUAAAGGUGUUUGAAAUCCCAGAAACCCUGGACUGGAGAAGUCUACUGAGACCACCAGGACCAGAAUAUGUAAAUUUUCUAGACGCAUCAGAAGCAGAGGACCCUGAAGGAUGGACGGAAAAUGAGAUUAGCACUGCAUUUCAAACUCUGGGUGAUAUAAAUUUUAAAAAUAUAGGAGAAUGCCUUAAGGCAUUGACUCCCGAAGUAUUCAUUUCAGUCUUUAACUUGAACCGGAUUUACUCUAAUUUGGAGAAACAAAAUCAGAUUUUAUUGUGUCAAUUCCUGUCAAAUUUGUGCAUAAAGAUACAAGUCAUACUGGAAUCAAUUCCCCCGAAACCUUACACAUCAGAUAGAGAAUCCAUAGAUAAUAUUACAUACAAACAAUUUGUAAAUCAACUCUCACUUUAUAACUCUCAAAAUGAAGAGGAAGACACACAUACAACAGAAAAACUAAGUGGGACAGGAGUUGAUCCAAAAUCGUUAGGGGUUGUUUUGAGAUCACUUAUAAGUGUAAGCGUGUUCCUUUUAUGUAUGUGUUACAAGUUUGCAACCACAUUUGAGAGAAAUGAGGAAAAGACGACAUUUGAUAUUAGUAAAGAAAAGGGUAAAAGGGGAAGGAAGAGUAAAAAGGAUGAAACUUCCUCAAAAGUCAAUACUUUGGCAUUGGAGACUUUAAUUAACUCGCUUAUGACAUGCUGUAAAUAUAAUAUGAAGUAUCCAUAUGCAUCUUGCUACGGAGGGAAUAAUAGAACCUCAGUGCCAAUGUUGAGACUGUUAUUUGUAAACCUCCUUCAUACCUUAUCACUAGAUGAAUCGAUCCACUCAACCUCAAAAAACAUGGUACAGUCAAUCGCAAAAAUAAUCAGAGUUAAUUUCUCAACAAUGCAAAGUAACAAAGCAGGUCACAGCUCCUUUAACACUAAUGUGAACCAUGAAGGUGUUCAAGAAACUGGAGAAACACUUGAAACUGGUGAACAAAAUGUAGAAUCACAGAUGAAAGAUCAUGAAAACAUGGUUGAUAGCCAAGAAGACCAAGCGAAGGAUGGUAAUGAAGAUACAAGCAGAACAAUCGAUACUGUUUUAGAAUCGUUUGAUGAUGAAUGGUUGGGGUUGGUGCUGGAUGAGAUAAAGAAACCUCACUGUCAAGUUAUAGUAGAUGUAUUAGAACUGUUGAAGGAUAGUAAUAUCCCGAAUAUAAUAGUCAAUGAACUGUUUUUCAACAUUAAGGAGAAUUAUUCAUCCCAAAUAUCCAACACAAACCAGCUAGUAAGCACUCUGGUUCAAAAUGAGUUCACAAACAUUGGGUUGUUUUUUGAAAAAAUGGCCAAAAAGGUGCCGUGCGUAGUUUUAUCAAAUAUUGGACAACUUAAACAGCUGUUUGACGUGCCAUGUUAUCCCCUAAGGAAGUCAAUUAUGGAAGGAAUUAAACUACUGAUUAUACUCUCAAAGUACUAUGACUCAGGCAAUGAAUCGUCAAAUUUAAUCGAAGAUGAUGAAGAUACUAGAGAAAACAGAAUGGAAAUAGAUAACUAUGAUACAUUAAAUAGUUCAAAUGAUGAAGGUAAGUAUAAGAUGAAGACAAGUAAGUUGUGUUGGAGAAAUCGGGAGAUGCUGCUGGAUAUAAUAAUAUCAAGGCAAUUUGACUGUUACAUGUAUGCAAGAGCAUGUGUAUUGAAGGUUUUGUAUGAUAUAAUAGAAGCAGAUGCACUCCCAGCAAGAAAAUAUAAUUUGGUAGCAGAUUUUGCAACAGAAAGAGUAAUGGAUAGGGGGUCACAAGUUAGACAGAAAGCACUAUCACUGGUAUCGUUAAUUAUAGAAAUGCUUACAAAUAAAAAGUUUAUGCUCCAACUAAACAGGCCAAAGUUGGUUCAAGAACUUAAAGUUAUAGAUAAUAACAUUAAUAAAGUUAACUUUGCCCUCUCAGAGUUAUCGGUUAGGAGAUAUAGCCUCAGCAGCCAUUCAUCAAACAAUAGUAGAAGAAACUCUUACGAUGAUAACGUGAAUAAGGAACGAUCACGCCGAGACAGUUUAAGUUUUGCAGACGCUAAGGAAUAUGAUUUCGACCUUGUAAUACUUGAAUUAAAGACAGACUUUGGAGGAGACGUGGUUGAUAAGCUGGAAGAGAUUCAGACUAAACUUGAAAUGGCAAGAGAACUAUAUUCAGAUUCAAUAGAGAUAGCUGAGAGAGUUGAAGAAUCCCUUGAACUGUGCAAAUCAUUAUUAAAAUCCCCAACUGAAACUGACCAGAGAUCUGCAAUAAGGUUUAUAAGUUCUGCACACCUCCUAGGAGUACAAAAGGCAACACAGAUGCUUCCACUAGCCUGGGCACUCUCAUGGUCUAACAACCCAAAUGUAGUUGAGUCAGUUCUGACAGAGUUCAAAAAUGUAUACUUUCAAACGGAGCAUAAUUCAUUAAUUGACCCUUGUAGACUCCUAAUUAACCUCAUAGGAAACACAGACCUCACAUGUCUAUCAUCAGUUGAGAAGAUUUUCCAGAUUAAUCAAACGAAACAGCAGAUUCUAGGAAUUAACUUAAUUGACCUAAUACCAACACUGAUCAGUAUCUCAACUUCAAGCUACUCUAAUGCACCGAGCACUAAAUCUAGUCCACAGAAUAGUCUGAUUGACCAUAGUAGAAAUUUGUUGAAAUGUAAAAUAUGUCUAAGCUUAAUUAAAAUCAUCCUAUCGUCUAACCAGAAUAGUAAUAUUCAGGAUUCCUCAAAUAAGGAUUUAACAAUUAAUUCACAGAAUACAAACAAAGAAUUAAGGAGUGAUUCACAAAGUAGUCUUAGUAGUUCAGGAGAUCAACUAGCUACUGUUGAUAGGGAUACGAAUUUUGAUUUGGGAGUAUUUGAGGAAAUUCUGCAAAAAUACAAUGAGGAUAUAUUGUUGGAGGUCUCACAAGUGUUAAUAUACUUUGAAAACAGCCCUGCAGUACAGGAUUUUAUACAACACAUCCUCAAGUUGUUCUUGGGUCAUUUUGGAAAUUUAAGCCUUACGUGGUUUGAAACAGCUCAAAGUGUUAUUGACCUUACUUUUACUCAUAUGACAAAUCCACUAACCAUAUGGUCAAGUAUUAUUAACAACUUACUUUCAAUGUUGGUAAACUCAGAUGAGUCUGGUCAAUUAAAUGGUUAUGAUGGAUUAAACGGUGUAACUAAAACAUCAGGAGUAUCAGAUUCUACAAAAGAAGUAAGAAAGCUGUCACAGUUAAUAUUUAUAACAGGGCAUGUUGCUAUUAGGAGUAUAAUGUAUGUAGAAAAGGUCCAGAAUGAUUUAAAAGUGGCUAGAUCAAAUACUGAAAGCGAACAAUUGGAGAACAACAUGGGUCUUGCGACUAAAGAUGAAAUGGAGAGAGAGUUCUUUGACCAUGUUCUAGAGAACAAACUGGUGAAUGAUAAUCUCCUGGGAGGAACAAUAUUAAAAAUCAUUAUUGAAGCAAUAAUUAACCCACAAAAUUUUAUCCACACAAAUCCAAAUUUUCAUUCAUUCAAUUAUUUCGAUAAACUGAAUAAAGUUAGUUUUAGCUCCAGUAGGCAUAAUCAUAAAAGCGGAAAUUCUGAACUAGAUAAGCAUACUUCAAUUGAGGAUAAUUUGGACAAGGAUGAAAUUGACAGCUGUUUGGAGUGCAACAUACUGUUCAUGUGUAGUGUGAUAAGCUUGUGUAAGUUUGCAACAGUUUCAAAGAGUUUUUGUAACAUUAAAUUGCCAAAUAACAAGACAAUAAUCCAGACAAUCAUAUCACUAUUACUCCUGGAAACUGAUACAACACAAACUAACGGUGCAGAACAGCCCAGUUCGGUGAGUGAUUUGGCGAAAAAUGAUUUAAACUCACUUAAGUGUAACCUGUUAAUAUGUUACGGUGACUUGUUGGUAAGACACCCUAACAUAAUGGAACCAAUGAAUGAUUUAGUGUUCAAGUUACUAUCACACCCAGUGAAUAUGGUGAGGGAGACUGCAAUACUGGUGUUUUCACACUUAGUGAUGAAUGACAUGAUAAAGCCGAAGGGAAAACUUUUAGACAAUGUGAUGUUUUUAACUCAGGACAGUGACGAUAAAAUAUCAAAUUACGCUAGAGUGUUUCUUAAUGAAAUACACAGAAAGAACCCAAACACAAUAUAUAACUGCUUCCCUGAAAUGUUGACAACACUCUCUCAGCCCUCAGUUACCUACUAUAACAUCAUCGACGCGUAUGGUACAGGAGUUUACGGCAGUGAUGCAACAAUUGACCACAAUAACAGUUUACAUGGAAUUCAGGUGAAUUUGAAGAUUUUGAAUGAAGUGUUCAAUUUUCUAAAGAACGACAAACAGGAACAUUUAGUUGAGAAGAUUUGCAUGAGGCUGAGUAAGGCGAAGUCUAUAUUCGCAACAACUUUGUACAUAAACGCGCUACUACUAAUUAACUAUGAUGAAAAGAACAUAAUGAAACUGUCAAAAUCCUUAAAUUUCAUGAGGCAAUUGCUCUCGGAAUCUCAGCCCCUGUUAGCUGCGCUUUCAAUAAUUCACAAGAGGAUCAAAUCUAGUAAAGUGCAAAAAAUCCAAGGACAAAUAGACAUCAAGGAGGUGGCAGACGAGAUGAUCAAUAAGGUAAAAUCAAUCCUGGGUCAGGGUAAGGGAACCAUGCUGAUUAGAGCCUCAAAGUAUGCUGAACAGAUCAUUGAACUGCUCAAUAACGGGAAUUAUACUCGGACUACCUUGAUGACACUCUUUGACUCAGAAAACCAGGCCAACAGUGCCAGUAUGAAGAAAGUUAAAAAAGAACCUGGGAUUGAGGAAUCUGAUGUCAGUUCAAGCAAUACUGGCGACUUCGAUGAGAUUUUCUCCGAUGACGAAGGACCAAAUAUAGGGAAACAAAGCUCGAGUGAUUCUAUGGAAACCGCUGAAUCAACAAGUAUUAACGGUGAGGAAAAUGAAACUGGUGUUAAAACUAGGAAAAAAAGAGGAAGGAAACCCAAACUUAAGAGGAUAAUUGAGGACGAUGAGGAUGUUGAUGAGCUUGAGGAUCGAAUAAGUGAAUUGGAUCAGGAUGGAAUACCCUCAAAUCAUGAUGAUAAUAUUGCCAAGAGACGUAGUAGGAGAGCUAGAACUGGGAAACUCAGGAAUAUCGAUAUGCUUGAAGAAUUUUACGACAUGGAUGGAAUUGAGGAAGCAGAGGAUUAAUUUUAAGAGUCAAAUCAAAUAUAUCUUGAUGAUCCACAUGUAGAUUAAUAUGAAGACUGAGAAAAAAAUUAAAAGAGUAAAAUGUGUCAGAUAAGAAUAAACUACGUCGGGAUAGUACCAAAGUGGGAAGCCUG